AUGUAUCCUAAUCCAUUGAAAGCUGUCAUUAGAAAUUUAACAGAAAAUGUGGUAAUCGCUUCAACUCCGUUUACAAGAAUGUCUAUUCUCAACUUCGGGGCUAGAAUGACCCUCUUUAAAUAUGAUAAUGAAAUUAUUGUUUGGUCAGCCAUCCCUUAUGGAGAUGAAGUGGUUAGAGCUUUAAAACAACUCAAUGGUACUGAAGAUAAUUUCAAUGUCACACAUAUCAUAAUUCCUGAUUCUGUGCAUACAAUGGCUGUUGAUAGUUUCAGAAAACCAUUCCCUAAGAUUAAAGUCAUCGGAAUGGAUGGUUUGAAAACUAAAGUCGAUUAUGUUAUUGAUGACAAGUUGGCUAAUAAAUUAAUCGAUAAAUCUGUUUUGGCAUCAAUGGGUGUUGAAAGUCCAGCAGUGUUGAAUAAUUUUGAAUUUGUUUAUAUACCACAACAUCAAAAUAGAGAAUUAUUGAUGUUUGAUAAGAAUUCCAAGUUCUUAUGUCAAGCUGAUUUACUUUUAAUGUUGGGUCCUUCCAAUAACAAAUUAGAGCAGUAUAGUGAAGAAUUGGGUUAUAAGAAAGAUUUCAAUCCCCAUGGAGGUUUAUCUUAUCUCACCCGAUUCUCCCAUCCUGACUCAAAAAGAUUCAAGAAUUUGGUCAACAAGAUUACCAAAACCAACUUACCUGAAGUUAAAGAAUCUUUGAAAAUUAUCUAUAAUUGGGAUUUCACUUCUAUCAUUCCAUGUCAUGGAAAUGUCGAAGAAGACGGUAAGUCUUAUUUCAAGAAAUACUUUGAUUUCCUUUAA